AUGUUUUCGAUGAACGCUUCGACUUUUGCGGACAACCGGGACCUCAUGCAUCCCAAUGACCUGAUAAGUCCGAAGACGAUACCUGGUUUUAAGGUUUACCAAGCAUCUAAUGGCUCUGUUGUCAAACUAACGGACGUUAUGAAGAAAUUCAAGCCUCAAAUCGAGCAUCAUAAUAAGAAAGAGUCAUAUAUUGCUUUCAUUGCUUUCGUAAACGUAAAACAUUUUUAUGACUCCGACAAGCAGCUUUUCAAUUUCAAUUUCUUAAAAAUAAAAGGGAAAGUUGAACCAGUUGUGCCAACUUAUUAUGUGGACAUUCUCAGCAAAACAGAAAAGGGACCCGUCGAGAAAAAAAUUCUGGACAUUACAUAUCCCGAAGGCUAUGAAGAGACGCCAGAACUUCUUGUUGCUAAAAACUCGUACAUAAGAUGCGCAACAAGAAAGGAAACGGAGAUGCAACUGAUGAUGAUGGAAUUUACUCAGAAACAGAUGGAAAUGGAAAAUCAGAGCUUGCGAAAACAACUUGAGGAAAUGCAACUAUCUUACAAUGCCCGAAUUGACUCCUCAAACGAGUUUAUUCGACGAUUAAACGAAAAACACGAGGAGCAAAAUGCAAAGAAGAUAAUCAAGAUCGCCGAGCUCGAAGACAAAAUCGUAGUAUUAGAGGAAACAAAUUAUACACUGAAAAAUGGGUUAUUUUGCGACAAUGGGAUGCAUAAACACCUUUUUGAAAUGGAAAAGAGCGUGACUGAACGCUUGAAGAAAGAAGUGACCAAUCUCAAUAAAGGAAUCUCAAGAAAAACUGCUGCAUUUGCGGAAAUUUCCUCUGAAAACGAGAAACUGAAGAGAGAACGAGAUGGAUUAGAAAUAAAAAAUAUCGAGCUGAAAAAGAAUGUAACUGGUGUCUCAAAAACCGUAGAAAAACUGAAGCAAGAAAAUUCGAAAUUGAAAGCAGAGAAAGAAACACUCUCCUCGAACGAGAAAGAAAUCUCAACUUGUCCGGCGACGACUGCCCUCUCUGCAUGGAAACUUACGACUCUGACGAGCGCCACAGAUGCUGCCUGA